AUGGGCAAAACAGGUCGUCAUCGAAAGAUUUCCUUCUUUUCUCUUCAGACACAAAAUACUGAAUUGAAAAAGGAGUGGUUUUGGAAACAAGGAGGAAGAAUCAAGUCAUGGAAAAAACGUCUCUUUGUCAUUUUCGAAAACACUCUCUACUAUUACGCCUCCGAACAGGACAAGGAACCAAAAGGUGCCAUCAUCUUAAAGGAUUCCUCUGUUGAAAUUUGCAAUCCAGAAGACACUGUCAAAAAUGGAAAAAAACCACCUUCCGAAAAUGGCCAAUCUGAUUAUUAUUCUCUCGUGGUCAAGACACCCUUUCGGUCUUUUUGGCUGUUAAAUACAGAUUUGAAAGUAGUACAACAAUGGUCACAAUUAAUCACACAAGUGGUGAAUGACAAUGACAAUCAUUCCAAAAACUCAUUGUCGAAACAUGGAGGUUCGAAAAAAUUGGGAUGGAUGAUCAAGUCAGGAGGUAAACUUAAAGCAUCGUGGAAACAACGAUUUUUUGUUUUGAGAAAUGACAUGCUUUAUUAUUACAAACCUAAAAAAGAGAGUGACAAUCAAAAGGACAGCAACAGUAGCCACAGCCACAACAAUCAUGCCUUACCUGAUUUGGUAAAUAUUUCAGAAUUGGAUGCAAAACUACAGAAUAUGAUUGCUCAAGGAGUGGUCACGUUCUACAAUGCGACCAUUCAAUUCAAACUAAAUCCAGCAAAGAAGAGGAAAAAGGUGAAAAAUGCUGAAGAUUUAUUGCACGAGAUUGAAGAAUCAGGAACUUCACGAGAUCGUUCGCGAUCGGUAAGCUCCCUACGUCGAAGUACGGUCGACAAGAGAUGGUCAUUAACAUCCAUUUCAAAUGGACAAUUCAUAAUACCCGAAGAACCUUUCGAUAAUGAUUUUCAAAAAACUUGGUUUGCCUUUGAAAUUCGAAUACCUUCUCGAACGUACACUAUUUAUGCGAAAACACAAGAUGAUUGUGACGAGUGGGUGUUAUUCCUGUUCGAAUCAAUCAUUAAUGUUAUGGGAGAGUUGUCACAUUUUGUGAAAAUUGGCCACUCUGAUUUUGAUGAUGCCACCUCGACAACAUCGGAUGAAAUGAUCGAAAGUGGCUCCUCUCUCAACGCAGAUAGUGCUCGCAGCUUAUUGCCCUCACUGGAAAGCAUCAUGUCUGAGAUCAGUUCUGUGAAUAAUGGCUCAGAAACAGAAUCUCGAUAUCAAUCCAUGGAUUAUAUUGAAGCUCAACCCAUUUCAAUCAUUUCAGAAACAAUUUUCGAUGAAAUUCAAAGAAGAAAGGAAGAUGAAAAAGUAGUGGCGCUCUUGAAAAAGUCGAAAAAGAGAGAAUCAAUCACAUUUAAAGGUUCUUACAGCGAAAAGUUUACAUUCCUUGUAGCCGAAAAUUCGCUGCAAGCAGAUAUGGUUCCCAUCAAGCUCUAUAUUUUACCUGGAAUUUACACAGAAUGUCAAACUUUGGUUGUCUCUCAACCUUUAGAAAUUCAUGGAUCUGUUUUAGAAAAUUGCAUUAUUGAAAUGCAUUCAUCAAAAUUCUGUGAGCCAAUGAUUCGGAUCAACAGUGAAAAUGUUCGCUUCAGGAAAUUGAGAUUUCGAAUUAUUUCCGAAUUGUCAAAUGAACAAAUUGAAAUGAAAAAUAGAUUCAUGCAUGGAAAGCCCUCCAAUGGAAAAUCGAGUAAUAACAGUGGCAAGGACUUUCGAAUUCCAUGCGCCAUUCAUGUUGAAAAUGGAAGUCUUUUUCUCGAUGAAUGUGAAAUUUCGUAUGAAGAUUGUACAGACCCUGAAGUGUUUGUAGAUAAUGAUUUAGAAGGAGGAUCGUGUUGUAUUUGGGUGAGCCACAACUCGACUUGUGUCACCUAUAAUUGUUCUCUCUCAAAUGCACACUAUGGAGUGGUCACAAGCCAGAAUGGAACGAGUGUGAGUUUUGGUGGUUCCAUCAAAUCGAAAAUUGCUCCUUUCAUGAACAAUGACGAAACAUCGAGUUCAAGAAAUUAUCAUGUACAGGUAUCUUCAUGUAAAUAA